AUGACGGAUCGCAGCCUGCGACUCCUGCGAAACACUCUGGAGGCGCUCAUGAACUUCCCGAGGGAGAAGUACAUCGCAGACCCAAACGCCUUUACGCGACGGAUCAAUGAUGCAGCCAACCUGCUGUGCUGUGAAGAUUGCGUUCCUGGAGGAGCCAAAGUCAUAGAUGAGAUGAUGUCGGGGGUAACCAAAACCCCAUUGGAUGCCCGCGCACUGAUAUUUGUGGUUGACCUAGUCCUGAAGCGCGGUCUUCGAGAGCAAAACCGCCACCCCAAAGCAACUGUCAUGGCAAACCUGCUCAGACCAUUCCUGAGCAACUGGCUGCGUGUUCUGUUGAUGACACGGCGUGCACCAGAGCAACUCGAGAAGACCAAGACGAUGAUCCAGAGGUGGGCACACGAUGGCUACCUGCCAAUGGAUGGCCUCCUGCCUCUCCUCGAGCUCAUGGAUGAGCCUCCGGGGCCAAUCUCUGAGGACUCCCAGCAGUCUUCUCAAUCCUUGGACUUCACGCAGUCGCAGCCAAGCAGCGACCCUCCAUGCCAAGGUCGCAGGGACUCCAGCAGGGACACCAAGCAGCUGGUGCCUGCACAGGCACAGCAACCCAGGCAGCCUGCUGAGAAGGAGCCUCCACUCAAGCGUGCUCGUGUUUCGGAGGAGGUGCAAAGGCCGGUGGGACAGGGCCAGGAGCCCACUCGCAGGCUGGUGCUGCCAAGUGCCCAGAAGGAGAAGAAGAUCCCACCGAGGCGCUCGCUCAGCGGUUCGCUGGAGCCUGCAGGAUCACCUGCCAACGCCAAACCCACGCCCAAAGCCCAAGUAGCCCACAUGGCCGAGGUGGGCCAGGUUGCCCAGAUAGCGCAGGUAGUCCAGGUGGCCCAGGUGGCACCGGACCCAGCCAAAGAUGGGGACCAGAAGGCCAAGGAUUCCUCUCAGAAGGCAACAGCGCAGGCGGCGCCGCCUGCACAGGAUGACUCCAAUGCAAGGACCCCCGACAAAGCAUCGCAGCAGGAGGGCAAAACUGCCAACGGCACAGCGGCGCAGGAGCCGUUCAAGUGGCGAGUGAGUGGCGACUGCCGCUGCCUCUUCCGCGCCGUCAUACGCUCCUGCUUGCUGGAUCCUUACAACCAACAGCCGCGAGACAAUCUGGGUGAGCCUGUGGACGUGGAUCAGCGGACACACGAGCGCGAGAGCGCUGACAUGCUCCGCCGCCAUCUCUGCAAGGAGCUUCAGCGGCGGAAGGACGAGGUCGAGCCGUUGUUAGAGCACAGCGAGUUCGAGGUCUACUUGAAGCGGAUGGGCGAGUGGCAAACCUGGGGUGACGAAAUCUGCCUGAAGUUCUUGCCGGAUGUGGUGAAGCAGCCGCUGCAAGUUUACUCCUUCAACUGCGAGAAGCAGGAGCUCUUUGAUGCGGGGCUGUACCUCCCGACCAAGAAGGAGUAUCAUGGGAGAGAGUGCAUUGUCCUCCUUCAUAACGGAAGGUCUCACUUCGAUUUAGUCUCCAAGCAGUGGCUUCAGGGCUAUGAGCGGCGGCUUUUGGCACAGCAAUGA